AUGUCUUCAAGUUUCAUAAGCAUUGACUGUGGAUAUAUCACAACCCCGUCGUACACAGAUGGCAAUACAGGUAUAACAUAUUCAAGCGAUGAGGGCUUCACUGAUGCAGGACUGAUCCACCCUGUUGACAAAGGGAAUUUGCAAGGCGACCUUGCAGACCGAUAUCUUAACAUCCGUUACUUUCCCAGUGGGGAACGCAACUGCUACACGUUGCGGUCCCUAACACCGGGUGGCAAGUACCUUGUUAGGGCUGCAUUUGGCUAUGGUGACUACGACAAACUAAACAGCCUCCCUACCUUUGAUCUCUAUUUUGGGGUCAACUACUGGACGACAGUGACCAUUGUUAAUUCGAGUACAGCAUAUUUGUUUGAAAUAAUUGCUGUGUCCCCUGCCGAAUUUGUGCAAAUUUGCUUGGUGAACAUAGAAUCGGGAACUCCUUUCAUCUCAGGGCUUGACUUGAGGUCACUCUCAUCAGAUCUUUAUCCGGAGGCUAAUGUGACACAGUCCCUGGUUUUGCUCAGCUAUUUCCGCGACACAGUUGGUUUUGGGCCCAACCGUUACCACUUUGGAACGAACUAUCAGCAUAUUAGGUUCCCAGAUGACCCCUUUGACCGUGUGUGGCAAAGAUAUGAAGAUGUUCCCAGCUGGACAGAUGUACCCAACAAAUCCGACGGGGCAAUCCAUAACUCCCCGAAUGACACUUAUGAUGCACCAUCUGCAGUUCUGAGGAGUGCAUCCACUCCCGUGAACGCCUCAAGGAUGGACAUAUCUUGGAGUUCAGAUUCAUCAAUGAGUGUUGGUGUUGACCCCACGUUCUUUCUUGUACUUUACUUUGCUGAGGUGGAGGUCAUCCAAGAGUUGAGGCAAUUUGAUGUCUCUGUGGAUAAUAACCAAUUAGCCUCUGCAUUCAGUCCAAAGUUCUUGCUGUCUACCGUUCUCUCAAGGAUUGUGCAGGGCUCAGAUGAUCAUAGCGUAUCCCUCGUGGCAACAUCAAACUCAGCACUUCAGCCUGUGAUCAGUGCGAUGGAGAUAUACAUGGUGCGGCCAGUGAAUGAAUCUACCACUGACUCUUUAGAUGCAAAUGCUAUGAUGACCAUCCAAACGAAGUUCUCUGUGAAAAGAAAUUGGGUGGGUGAUCCAUGUGCCCCUAUAUCUUUUGCAUGGGAUGGCUUGAACUGUAGUUAUACUUCCAGCAGUCCUCCAAGAAUAACAGGCUUAAACUUGUCAUACAAUGGAUUGGUUGGUGAAAUUGAUGCUUCUUUUGGUCAGCUAACACUGCUCCAACACUUGGAUCUAUCUCACAACAGUCUGUCUGGAUCAAUACCUGAUUUUCUGGGUCGAUUGUCAUCACUUAAAUUUCUGGACUUGUCGAGCAAUAACCUAAGUGGAUCGAUUCCUUGGAGCCUGUUAGAAAAAUCUCAGCAAGGGUCCUUCACAUUAAGGCUUGACAAUAACCCAAGUCUUUGUGGAAAUAAUAUCUGCAAUCCAACUCAGAACAAAAAGAAGAACAAGGCAAAACUGCUACAGAUUGUUAUUCCAGUAAUUGCUGCAGCUGUAGUAGUUCUACUACUUGUGGCUGUAUUUGUGCAUGUCAUUUGGCGCAGAAUAAAAAGCAGACCAGAUGUAUCUUAUUCAGCUAAUCCGUUGGAGAACCGGAGAUUUAGUUACAAGGAACUCAAGCGCAUCACUAAUAACUUCAACACUAAAAUUGGAGAGGGCGGGUUUGGCUUCGUCUAUGCUGGCCGUUUGGAGAAUGGAGUUUCUGUUGCUGUGAAGAUGAGGUCAGAAGAAUCUUUACAAGGGAAUACCGAGUUUUUGGCUGAGGCUCAGCACCUGGCCAGGAUUCAUCACAGAAACUUGGUCUCCUUGAUUGGCUAUUGCAAGGACAAGAAACAUCUAAGCCUUGUCUACGAGUGCAUGGAUGGGGGAAACCUACAGGACCGUCUCAUAGGUCAAGUACCCCUUAACUGGCUGCAGCGUCUUAAGAUUGCAUUGGACUCUGCAAACGGACUGGAGUACCUACACAAAUCGUGCAGCCCGCCAUUGAUCCACAGAGAUGUGAAAACCAGGAACAUCCUUCUUACCGCAAAUCUCGACGCGAAGUUAUCAGAUUUUGGACUGACAAGGGCAUUCAGCAGUGAAACGAUGACACACACGACCACCCAACCUGCUGGUACCAUGGGAUACCUGGACCCAGAGUACCUCGCGACCUCUCAUCUGAGCGAGAAGAGUGACGUGUACAGCUUUGGCAUCGUUCUCCUGGUGCUCAUCACAGGUCAGCCGGUGAUUAUCAAUACCAGCGACACGGAGAGAACCAACGUCGCGCUUUGGGCGCGACACAGGCUCCAUGUAGGCGACAUCGACACCGUGACCGAUCCGACGAUAAGAGAAGACUGCGACAUCAACUCCGUGUGGAAGGUGGUAGAGGUAGCCCUCCGGUGCACGGAGCGUGUGGCGCGGGACCGGCCAACAAUGGGGGAGGUGGUGGAGGGAAUCAGCGAGAGCUUGCAGCUGGAGAUGUUGUCGCGCUCCAUGAGGUCCAGCUCCAUGAGGACAGGCAGCUCGGCGUUUGCUGACGGCGACUCUGUUGGUGCGCUUGAAGCAGAGCUGAUCGGCGAAACAUCAGCGCGGUGACAUGGAGCGGUGGAGGGAUUCGAUACACUGGUUCAUUUCAUUUACACUUUGGAGUCUGAAUCAUCAUGUUCGCAACAUAGAAAUUGCAAUCGGAUUGUUGUUCUUGCUUUGACA